CCGAAGCAGCGAGUGACGCGGAGGCAGAGGCAGGAGCCUCUGGGCGGGGCCGCGCGUCGUGAGUGCGCAUCAGGGCCGCGCUCCUGGGGGCGGCGCGCGGGACAGCGGCGCUUCCGGCAGCGGGAGGUGGCGCCGAGCGGGACCGAGCAGUGCGGGUAGCGGCCAGGGAGGCGGAUCUGAGACAAUGUCUGGGGAACUGCCACCCAACAUUAACAUCAAAGAGCCUCGAUGGGACCAAAGCACGUUUGUUGGCCGAGCCAAUCACUUCUUCACGGUCACAGAUCCGAGGAACAUCCUUCUAACAAACGAACAACUGGAGAAUGCAAGGAAAGUGGUGCAUGAUUACAGACAAGGAAUCAUUCCUGCCGGCCUCACGGAAAAUGAAUUGUGGAGAGCGAAGUACGUGUAUGAUUCAGCUUUCCAUCCAGACACGGGGGAGAAGAUGACCCUGAUAGGAAGGAUGUCGGCUCAGGUUCCAAUGAACAUGACCAUCACCGGCUGCAUGAUGACCUUUUACAGGACCACACCAGCUGUGCUUUUCUGGCAGUGGAUAAACCAGUCCUUCAAUGCUGUUGUCAACUACACUAAUAGAAGUGGAGAUGCCCCCCUCACUGUAAAUGAGCUGGGUACGGCGUAUGUCUCUGCAACAACCGGCGCUGUAGCGACAGCCCUAGGACUCAAUGCCUUAACCAAGCAUGUCUCACCACUCAUAGGGCGUUUUGUCCCCUUUGCUGCCGUGGCUGCUGCUAACUGCAUUAAUAUCCCGCUGAUGAGGCAAAGGGAACUCAAAGUUGGCAUUCCUGUCACUGAUGAAAAUGGCACCCGCUUGGGAGAGUCGACCAAAGCUGCAAAGCAAGCCAUCACACAGGUGGUCAUCUCCAGGAUCCUCAUGGCAGCCCCGGGCAUGGCCAUCCCUCCAUUCAUCAUGAACACGCUGGAAAAGAAAGCCUUUCUGAAGAGGUUCCCGUGGAUGAGUGCACCGAUUCAAGUCACCUUGGUUGGCUUUUGUUUGGUCUUCGCCACCCCCCUGUGCUGUGCUCUGUUCCCUCAGAAGAGUUCCAUGCCUGUGACAAGCUUGGAGGAUGAGUUGCAAGCCAGCAUCCAAAGGAGUCAUCCUGAAUUACGGCACGUGUACUUUAACAAGGGCCUGUGAAGCCAAGAUCAAGCCCUGGAGGCUCCGCCUGCCAUCUGUGACCCUCCAGAAGCCACAGCAGUGAGGAAAUCCAGUGUGACGGGGCACUGCCAGUUACAAAAGCCUCUAGAGAUCUGCAUUAGAGUCAAGCUGCCCCCUGGCACAGCACCCAGUGCCAGUCAGGGGCCUGACAUUUGAAUCAUGUUGUAAUUUACAAGCAUCCCCUCCUGGUAGACUUUAAUGACACCAUUUUCUCAAAGCCCUUACCUGGAGCUUUCAAAAGCACUGGGAGGCAUAGCAUAGGUGCUCCAGUUACCAGCUCAGUAAACAUUGGUUAUCAAUCGUUAGAAGGUUACCUGUUCAAAUGCCAAUUGCAUUUCUACGUCUGUCCCACAGAGGUCUGGACCAUAAACUGGGAAGACACAAAAGAUCUAAGACUAAAUAUGCAAGUGUAGAUACUAAGGAGACUUUGUUUCCAGCUUGGCAAUGGACCAGGCCAAAGUAGAGGGCAACAAAAUUGAUGUUCAGAAGAUACACGCUCCAUACACCUUCCCAAAGUCAGCUACAGGGCAGGUGUGAAGCCGCCUCUGUAGUUAGCAUGUGUCCAUGGUAGUGCAUUCUCUUGGUAACUUUUCAAUUUGUCUAGUGUUCUUAUAAAAUCACUAGUCUGACCUCAAAGAUACUUUAUAAUCAUGAAUUUUCGCCAAACAAUUGGCUGAAAUGCACAAAUGCCAGAUUUAGGAGUAUAUUCAGUACAGUCUAGUGUGACUGGGUGAGUCUGGUUUGUUGGGUGUUUUUUGUUGUUUUAUUUUUUGUUUUGUUUUGUUUUUGUUUUAGAACUGUGAAAACAAUUCCCAGUCCCUAUCUGCUUCCCCCCCCCCACCUUGGCUUUCAGAAACAUACAAAGACAAUACAUGAACAAGUUAGCAGCAACAGUGACUCUUGUGUUGCAGUCUCCCCUGUUUAAAGGCCAUGGAAUUACAUGGCAUGUCUGCAUCUCUACAGUGAUUUUACAUGUUAUAUGUUCAGUGUAGCCGAGGUCAUGUUGGAAGUCUGUAGAUGUCCCAUGUCAUAGACAAGCCACUUGUUACACUGAGUGUAAAUCAUUGUAAUUCAGAGAUUUGUACGUGGGGGGAAAAAUCAGAAACUAUCUAGUUUCUCUAGACCCUUUUUCCUGAUAGCGUGUCCAGAUUGAAUUUCCUCAUAAAGAGAAACCGGUGUGCCUUGUUUCUGUUGUCUCUAAAAGGCUGUAUGGAUCUGAAGCUCUCAGCCCUCCCCCAUGCUGCUGGAAUCUUCUGUACAGUUGAAUGCCAAUCCGCUUGAAAUGCAGUGGCUUCCUGUGACAUUCUGGCCUUGGACAAGCCUUGUUGGCAUCAGUGCUUCUGUGUAAAUGGUGGUAAGCCUGGAGUACAAGGCAGGGCUCCACAGAGCCUAAAGGACAUUGCCAUGGGAAGCCAAAGGCCUCAAGGUCCUCCCCCACCCAGCUCUUGGCUGAGCCCUUGAGCCAAUGCAUGUUAAGCUCUAAGAGUGCGAAAAACUCAGAAGCUAAUUUGGAGGCUGACAGACUCACCAAAGUGUCAGCCCGGGCACAGUGAGAAUUACAUAGGAGAUAAGGAGCUGGGCUCUUAAUUUUUUUUAAGUUUGGGUCUCUUAAUGCUUUUGUAUAGGAAUAUUCACUGCGUGGUUUAAUCAUGAUUUAUUAAAAAAAAAAAAAGAACAAAUGAACAAAACUUGGCAAUCUUUGCUGAUCUUUUAAAAGCACCUUCUUUCUGAAGACAAAGCCACAUGAACUGCAAUGAGGUUGUGAGCUCUGUUUCUCUAACAGAGGAACAGGUGUGUGUGUGACCAGCAGCUAUCAGUAUUAGUGAGGUGUCUUGCCAAUCAAUGUGAGAGCCAAUGUGUCAUUUCAGUUUAACUGGACAAAAUGUCAAAUAAAUGCAGAAUGAAAGUAAA